AUGUCUCCGGAUCCGGAUGAGGUGUACAUUAAUUGCGGGGAUGCUUUGGGGCCCCGGCAUUCCCCGCAUAUCUAUGGUUUUGUAUCAACUAAGUCCAAAACUUACCGAGAGGUUGAGGAGAUCAAUCCUAAGCUUUCAUGUUCAAGCGUGGUCCUGCAGAGCCAAACAGGAGAGGAUCUUACCCGUAUAGAUGUUCCGGAAGACAAGGAAAGCCAAGGGUCUCAAGUGACCUUAAAGUGCUUUGAUGCUACUAAUAAGGCAGUUGUUUAUGGAGUUUCUGGGCAAUAUAUAGAGUAUGAAGAUAUAGGGUUUGAGAACGAGUGGAGCGCUAUUUAUCACUCCCGUUUGCGAGCUAACAGUGCUCAACUUUGGCUUUUUACAUGUGUCGGUAUACUUCACAGUGGUGCUCAUUCUAUUGGCCUAGAGGUGAAUGGUUAUGUGAUAGAUGCUGCUUUAUUUUUUUCUAAUGGAAAGUCAUUCUGCACAUGUGACAAGGGGCAGACAUAUAAUUAUGAACUGAGUAACCAAUCUACUGUGACUGAAUUCAUUCUAUCUGGAAUCUCACCUUACCCUAAUCUACAGAUACCUCUCUUUGUGAUUUGUUUAUUAGUAUAUAUUAUAACAAUGCUUUUUAAUCUUGCUAUUGUUUUACUUAUAAGUGUAACACCAGGACUGAAAAAGCCAAUGUACUUUUUUCUUAUAAACUUAUCAUUAAUAGACAUAGUUUACUCAUCAAAUAUUACACCCAAAACACUGGCUAAUCUUGUCUCUGAGAUAAGAUCUAUCUCCCUAAUUGGCUGUGCAACACAGAUGUAUUUCUUCAUUGCACUGGCAAGUUCUGAGGGAACUCUCCUUGCUGUUAUGGCUUAUGACAGAUAUGUGGCAAUAUGUAAACCGUUAUAUUAUUCACUUGUUAUAAACACAAAAACCUGUUUGCAGUUACUUUGCAUAACAUACAUUACAGGAUUUGUUAAUUCCUUUAUACAUACAUUUUCUGCAUUUAGGUUAUCAUUUUGUUCUUUAAAUCAUAUUAAUCAUUUCUAUUGUGACAUCAAUCCCAUCUUAGCACUGUCAUGCACUGACACAUAUAUUAAUGAACUUUUAAUUUUUAUAUUUGCUGGUCCUAUUGAAGUAGGUUCUUUGUUGUCUAUAGUGGUAUCAUAUGUCUUCAUUCUAUUUGCUUUAUUUAGAAUUACUUCUACUGAGGGGCGACACAAAUCUUUUUCCACCUGUGCCUCUCAUUUCACUUGUGUGGCUAUAUUUUAUUGCCCUGUUCUCUUUAUGUACUUAAGAACUACCUCUUCAUAUUCAUUGAAUCAUGAUUGGGUGGUGUCCGUUUUCUACACAAUAAUCAUUCCAAUGUUGAAUCCUAUCAUUUACUGUUUAAGAAAUCAAGAAAUGAAGAAGGCACUACAGAAGCUAAUAUAUCUGUGUCCAUAA